GGCAGCAGCUUCUACAGUGAGAAGGUGUGAGUGCAUGAUUGGUUACAGCUGUGCAGCUCUGCGGGUGCAGAAACAGCCCUGACAUCUUAAUUAGGCCAUAUUGUGGAGGACCAUGGAUGAUCUGGCUUUGGAACGUUACUUUGACGAUUCUAUUGCAAAUGACCCGAGCUACAUGGUUGAGGAGGAGCUUGAUCUUCAAAGCUCUCUCAAACAGUCACAUGAAUCACGCACCAACUCACGGAAUUCAUCCAACCUAUUGGGUGAGACUGAAACAAGUGGCAGGUUGGGUAAUGAUCUAGACCUCAGCUUCCUACCCGAUGACCUCGGCAAUCAAAGCUCUAGCAGCACAGUCCCAGCUACAGCAGCCACGCAUCAAAAUGCUGAGCUUGAUGUUUUGGAGGACAGAGGCAUAAAUCUGGAUAAUUUACAUGGUAUGGCUGUAGUGAAACGUCAAGUCACAGUCAAUUUGGGAUCGGAGAGAAAUGCUUCCCCGUUCUGUCCUAUGACUCCAAUGACCCCGAUGACUCCAAUGACCCCGGUGACAGAGAAAUCGGGAAUCAUUCCACAGCUACAAAACAUUGUCUCCACUGUAAACCUUGGCUGUCCAUUGGAUCUAAAAUUCAUUGCACUGCAAGCCAGAAAUGCAGAGUACAAUCCAAAGCGCUUUGCAGCUGUAAUCAUGAGGAUCCGCGAGCCUCGAACAACAGCACUGAUCUUCAGCUCAGGGAAGAUGGUCUGUACAGGAGCCAAAAGUGAGGAGCAGUCCCGUCUGGCAGCGAGGAAAUAUGCCCGGGUGGUCCAGAAACUUGGCUUCCCUGCCCGGUUUCUCGACUUUAAGAUUCAGAACAUGGUGGCCAGCUGCGACGUCUGCUUCCCCAUCAGACUUGAAGGACUGGUUCUCACCCACCAACAAUUCAGCAGGUACAUUUAUGAGCUUCCUGUUGUAAACCAUCACCAGACUUUUACAGGUUCAUUCAUACAUAAUUGGAUCUUUUGAAAAUAUAAACAUGUAAUCAACAAUAGAGACCCUGUAAGAGUCCAGCUAAAAUUGCACUAUCAGUUGAGCAGACUGAUUGCUAUUAAAGAAAGGUAGAUGUGUUACUAUUGUUGAAAUAGAAGAGUGGACAGCAGAAAGCUGGUGCCAAGUUUAUUUCUCAGACAAAUAAACUUGACACCGCUCCCCAUACCAAGAGCAUGGGGAGAUGUACAUAGGUCCUGUAUGGUACCAAGAGUGAAACUUUCUGAUGCAAUUGAUGUACAAGAUUGAAUCUUUCCAAAGGCAGUUAGUUUCCCUGAAAUUUUGCCCAGGAACACUUCCAUGGCUCAGCUAUAUGAGAACAUUGAGAGUAACUUAUUUCAACAACUGAUAAACAAUCAGGUGAUCAUCCAAGUAAGAUGAAGUACUGUGUUACAAGGAAUACAUGAUUCAAUGUUUCAAUGAGAAGCAAAACACAAAAAAACUACAGUUGGCUUUGGUCUCUUUUGUGUGUUU